AUGAGACCUAUCCUUCUGGCGGGCCACGAAAGAGCCCUGACCCAAAUCAAAUACAACCGCGAUGGCGAUCUCAUCUUCUCCGUAGCAAAGGACCAGCACAUCUGCGCCUGGUUCUCCCACAAUGGCGAGCGCUUCGGUACCUACCACGGCCACCAGGGUGCCAUCUGGACCGUCGACGUCGACCCCACCAGCACCAUCAUCGCCUCGGGCGCCGCUGAUAACACCAUCAAGCUGUGGGAGGUCAAGACCGGCAAGUGCCUGAUGACAUGGGAGUUCCCCACCGCCGUCAAGCGCGUCGAGUUCAACGAGGACGGCACCCAGCUGCUGGGCGUCACAGAGAAGCGUAUGGGCCACACCAUCGUCGUGCUCGACAUCAAGCUGGACGUCGCCGCCGAGCAGAACCCGGAGAAGGUCCUGACCAUCGUCUGCGACGAGAGCAAGGCCACCGUCGCCGGCUGGAGCUACCUGUCCAAGUACAUCAUCGCCGGCCACGAGGACGGCUCCGUCUCCCAGUACGACGGCAAGACCGGCGACAUCAUCUACAAGAUCACCCCGCACGACCUCGGCGCCCAGGUCACCGACCUGCAGUGGAGCCAGGACCGCACCUACUUCAUCACCGCCUCCAAGGACAAGACCGCAAAGCUCAUCUCCGCCCGCGACCUCGAGCUGCUCAAGACCUACACCUCCGACACCCCGCUCAACAGCGCCACCAUCACCCCCAAGAAGGACUUCGUCAUCCUCGGUGGUGGUCAGGCCGCUAUGGACGUCACCACCACCGCCGCCCGGCAGGGUAAGUUCGAGGCGAGGUUCUACCACAAGAUCUUCGAGGAGGAGGUCGGCCGUGUCCGUGGCCAUUUCGGUCCCUUGAACACCGUGGCAGCGGACCCCACCGGCAAGAGCUACGCGUCCGGAGGAGAGGACGGUUACGUCCGAGUGCACCACUUCGACAAGGGCUAUUACGACUUCCUGUACGAGGUCGAGAGGGAGCACCUCAACAGGCAAUCGUGA